UAUCAGAUUUAAUAAUAUGGUAGAUGUGUAUAAAGAAUUUCCAAUGCCAUUGGUUGAUAAAGAAGACAGUGAUGUGAUUGAACCAGUAACGGAUAAAGAAGACAACAAUGUGACUGAACCAGAAAUGGAUGAAGAAGAGGAAGAGAGCAAUGUGACUGAGCCAGAAAUGGAUGAAGAAGAGGAAGAGAGCAAUGUGAGUGAACCAGAAAUGGAUGAAGAAGAGAGCAUUGUGAGUGAAUCAGCAAUGGAUGAAGAAGAGAGCGACGUGACUGAACCAGAAACAGAAAUAGAGAGCAAUGUGAUUGAACCAGAAAUGGAUACAGAGAGCAAUGUAACUGAACCAGCAAUUUAUACAGACUUCAGUGUGAUUGAAUCAGCAAUUUAUGCAGACUUCAAUGUGACUGAAUCAGCAAUUUAUACAGACUUCAAUGUGACUGAAUCAGCAAUUUACACAGACUUCAAUGUGACUGAAUCAGCAAUUUAUACAGACAGCAGUAUGACUGAAUCAGCAAUAUAUACAGCAGAUAGCUAUGUGAGUGAACCAGCAAGGGAUACAUCUAGCUAUGUGACUAAACCAGCAGCAACAGUUAGAGAGAGAAAUGCAUCAACAGUAGUAGUUAUAGACAGCAGAGCGACUGACCCAGUAAAAACAGAAGAGGACGAUCUGAAUGACAUGGCACUAGAUACAACUGAGAAUGUCAUCGAUGAUGCUAUUAAUGCUGUGGAAGAAGAUGAUGAAUACACCAUCAAAAACAUCAAGUGGCUCACACAUGGUGAAUUCACACCAGAAAGGUGCCGUAAACAAAUCCAAGACUUCGUUAUGACUUGGGAGUAUGAAGACCGUUGGGUUCACUACACAAAGUUGGUAGAGAGGAGAGACCUGAUUCACAGCUUCCACUACAUCUACUCUGUACGCUGGAGUGUCCCAACUUCUCAGAUACCCACGGCAUACAGCUCUGCCUUUGCCUUCUUCACCGUCAAGUUCAACAAAAACAAACCUCCGGAUGCACCCAUUGACAUCUCUUAUAUGUUUGAAGGCCAGUCACUAGUUCACAGACCAGGAACGACUCGCUUUCGAGAAAAUUGGGUGAAGGAAAUGGUUGUGGCCAAACAUAAUAUAAUGAAGUCAUUUCCCUUCUAAUUCAAUUGUGUCCGACUCUUACAGAAUGUUUUAUGAUUGGAUUUCUAAUCAGAAUGUAUUAAAAAACACCAUAUGGCACAUCAAACCACAACAUAUUUAUUGAAUAAUAAACCGGUGACACACAAUCCAACUGUAUUUUUUUUUUGCAUUCAUUCUCCAUUUGGCAACUUCCAUCAUGCUAACAGAAUAACCAGUAAGUUGUUUUCUAUUUCCUAAAAGGUUUUCCCCAUCACUAUCUGCAUCACUCAGAGUCUUACAAGUAUAGAAGUUAAGUUUAGAGAAUUGCUAAAAUUCACCUGUCAGACCAAUUGAAAUUGGUACUUGACUGCCUAUUCUCCCAUUUGAGCUAAGUGUCCAGCCUAGACACAACUCUUUUUUGUUUGCUUUUGUUAAUCCAAACCCAAGGAUAUUUUUCCCAUUGAUUUUUACAGAGAGUGGAUGGA